UUUCGUGACUCAAGGGUGUAUGUGAUGUCCGACAACAGUGACGGAAACAGAUUGUCUGGAUGCGGCGACGUCUAUCAUACUACCGAAGCAAGUGCGGUGGUCGAUCCGCAGCAACAGUCGAUAGCGGAUUACAAAAUAUUAGAUGAUAAAAGUUCUGAUGACAUUUUAUCUGAAUACUUAUUGUUGGAGUUGGGGCAGAGUAAAAAAGAAUUGUUCAACUUUGUGCAUUUAAGCCAGUCAAUGAGAAUAGCUAACAUCAAUAAUAGUAAAAAAUUACUCAACACAAUUUUGCACUCCAAGAUAAUAAACUCACGGUUAGAAGUUGAGUUUAUGUUAUCAUGUACAGAAGAUGAUAGAUGUCAAUCUCCACCUAAGCUUCUGGAAGCUAAUAAUGGAAAAAAUCACAAGGACACAAAUGAACAUAAGGACACAGGUGAACACAAGGACACAGAUCAACACCGGGACAAAAAAGUGUCAUCACCUAUUCUUCCAUUGAUUUUACAAUAUACACAGUUAGAAGAAUCAAAUUUCAAAACUCAAUUUUUCAUUACCCGUGGUUCAUUUCAAAUAGUUUGCGAUCAUUUAAUGCAAGAAUAUGGAAGUAUGGCUUAUAAAAGAACUGAGUUUGAUGUUGAAAAACAAUUGCUGGUUACUCUAACAUACUUAGGAACUGUUUUAAGUUACAAGGAUAUUAGUUCAAAAUUUAAUAUUGCUAUUAGCACAGCUCAUAAAUGUGUAAAUGAUGUCACAAAUACAUUGUUUAACCUUAUGGGUGAACUUAUCUAUUGGCCGAUUAGUCAACAAGCUGAUAUUGAAAUUGAAGCAUUCGAUGAAAUGCCGGGAAAUCGUUUUCCUGGCAUUCUUGGUGUUAUUGGAAUGGUAGAAUUGAAAAAAACUUGCACAGCCAAUCCGUCCAAACAUACCAAGGAUGGAUCUUCAAUCGCCAUUCAGUGUGUGUGCAACAACAAGUAUCAGUUUUAUAAUGUUUUCACCAGUUAUUUGCCCAAAUCAUCAGUUACCUCAUCAACAUUCCUAGAGAGCCCAUUAGCUGAAAUGCUUCUAAAUAAUCCAGACACAUUGUUCCCAAACAUCAAUAGUCAUAUUGUUGGACAGUGCUGUUUUCCUCUUCUACCCAAUUUAAUGACUCCAUAUUCUGGUGAUACUUAUGAUGCGGUAUCAGAAAACAUCUAUAAUGAUGCCAUUGAGGUACCAUUGAAUAUAAUAAAGAUAGCGUUUGGCAAGCUAUUAGGGCGGUUUACAAGACUGUUAUGCCUAGAUUUAUGGGGACAGGACAAAAGUGCCAUACUAAUAUUUGCUGCUUGUUGCUUGCACAACCUAUGUUUAGGUAACGAUGAUGACAUUUCAUGUCCACCUUAUGAGUGCUGCAAUUUCAAAUGUGAUUAUUAUGAUGAGUUUAGUGUUGAAAAACGCCUAGAGAUAUGCUCCAAAAUUAGAUCUCGAGUUCUACAAACAACAGAUUAACAUUGUACAAGUGUGUAAAAUAUUAUUUGAGUAAAUAAACAUAACCAAUAAAGUUAACAAAGAAUUAAGAUAAAUUUGUAAUUACAA